AUGUCCAGUCAGGAGGCCUCAGGUCACCGACAGGUGAAAACCAGAGCCAAACAGGCUUGUCUCCACUGCAACCGGCGGCGAAUCCGCUGCAAUGUGCUACAGAUGCGCCCAUGUCAGAAUUGUCUCUCGUUGAACGUGCCCUGUGAGAUAGGCGUUUCGAAGCGAGGAAAAUAUCCCCGUAAGAAGACUGCCCGGCAACAUGCUAUGUCACAAACUGCCGGCAAUUCGGUCCAAUUGCCGACAUCAUCGGGGAAAGGAAGAAGCCAUUCCUCAACGUCGCCAUCGGGUGAUAAACACGAAGAAAGAGAGCCGCAUGUUCAUCCGAUGUCAGGGGAUGCUGCCAGUGCCCACCAGACGGUGUUCUUUGGCGAAUCGAGUCCACUCACUGUAGUCAUUGACGAAGGGCGCCGAUCGCCUGAGAAGGGGAGUGGUGAACUGCAUAUGACUCGCUUUCACUAUCCCAUUCCAGAGAAGCUCAACGCUUUCAAUACGCGAGAUGAGGCUUUUCGUGCACACAAAGCCAAGAAGGAAGACCAGCUUAGAGCUGACGGGGCCUUCUUGUACCCCCCGCCGGAGACAUGUGCCAUUCUUCUGCGGGCGUACUUUGACUGGUUUCAUCCCUGUUUCCCGAUCCUUGAUCGUGCUGCUGUGUAUGAGGGCUAUGCACAAGGGAGCUUGUCGCCCCUGCUCCUCCAGGCUAUGCUAUUCAUUGGCGUAAGCCUUUGCACGGACGAGGCGUUUGCCCAGACGGAGUUCCCCGUUCGAUACUGGGCGAAAUUCCUUUUCUACAGCCGAGCAAAGGCGAUCUAUGAUGCGGAAUGGGAGUCCAAUAAGACGGUCAAAAUUCAAUCGUUGUUUCUGUUGAGCUUCUGGCGUGGAGGUCCUUCUGAAGAGCGGGACAUUCGAUUCUGGCUAGGCAUUGCCAUUGACUUGGCUCAAAAGCGCGGCAUGCAUUUGAUGUCUAAGUUUUCUUUUGGUUCCGGUCGAGAGGCAGGGCUGUGGAAGCGAAUCUGGUGGUCGCUUUACGCCCGAGACCAACAAAGCGCCGCAGCACUUGGGCUUCCGCCGCACAUCCGCGACGAAGACUGCGAUGUCACCAUGCUUGAGCCAGAUGAUAUCCGGGAGGAGGUAGCAGGAGGACAAGGUCUUUUUGGUGUGCAGUGUAUAGAAGAUCUCCGUUAUCCAGCCGAGAUGGCCAAGUUGGCCAAACUAUUGCGUUCUAUUGUAUCAACCCAUUAUUCGCCGGUAUCAUCGUCAUCCAGCAGCACGUCACAAGCGGUGUUGCAUAAGCAACUGGUGGAUUGGGAAUCCGAUAUGCCUCCUGAGCUGAAGCUCGAAAACGCCACAACUCCGCGAGCCAGGUUCCUGGCGGGACUUUUACAAAUGACAUACCAAAAUCUCUAUGUCUUGCUUUACCGACCGUCAUUUCUUAAUCCACCGGAUGGUAACUUGGACAGCCAAGGCCAGAUAGCCUUGGAUGCUGCGACCAAAAGCACACGAGUAUUGGAGGAUAUGCUUUCCCAUAACUUGGUCCAACAUGGACCUCCACAUCUAAUCACCCACGCGUUUUCAACCCUCUGCAUUCACACCAUCGAGUUCCGUCGCUCAUCUGGUACAGGUCGCAAACUGGCGGAACACCGAGCCAGACUUUGUCUCUUGAGCCUACAGGAGCUGCAAAAAUCCUGGGACUUGGAGAACUGGGUAUUAAACCUGUUCUUCCGAUGUUUGGAUGAUAGCACUGCCCGUACUCUGCGACCGGUCGAUGCCACUGCUCCUCUCCCAAAGACCGAAGCCCGCGAAUUUGUCCCUGCCACCCCAGAUGCUUUUCCUGCUCUCAAUAUGAACCCAGAGGGACACACGCUCGACGCACCUUGUCAAUCGGCGCACUCGCAAUAUCCCACUGGUGAUAUUAGCGCCCCCAGUGAUUGGUACGGGCUGUUCAAUUUUGCCGAGGAUUAUACCGACAUUUCGGGGAUGAUUCCCAGCCACGAUCCGUCUAUAAAUCUGCAGAAUUUGGAGUUUCUCUACCGAUUCUUAUGA